UCUGUGUUUCUGCAGUUCCUCUGCAUUUUGCGGUUUUCCCCUCCAAAACAUGUUUAAUUUCCCUUGACAAGUUUACUACUUGAUUAAGGUCUGCGGAUUAGGCUGGCCUCUCCAGAACAUUAAUCUUGUUGGUCUGGAGCCAAAAUGUCGUCUGCUUAAUAGUGUGUUUCAAGGGCGUUUCCUCCUCAGCACAACGCAGCAUGACCCCUUAAAGUAUUUCAAUUUAUUCAAAUUAAUCCAUUUAAUGACGAGGCCUAAUACAGUACCAUAAGAAACAACCUCAUGCCGUGUUUUGUGGCGUGAAUUGGAGGUUGCCUGACAAACUGUCCUCCGACUUUUUGAUGUACCUCUGCUUCAACACACCUGAGUCAGAUAAUGAGGUCAUUAGCUGGAAUUUGAAGAGCCUGCCUGCACACAGUUGAUUAAGGUUUGUUGAACCAGUUGCAGGAUACUGAUUUCCGGAGAGGAGUUCACUAUAACCAGCAACAUUUGCUGCCAUCACUUCAGAGGUUAAUGAUUAGUGAAGUGGCAGAGUCAGGCUCUUUUCCUACAUCAGAACGAUCUCUUGGGUGCAGACUUGCUGCAGCUAAAUUGCAGAUUCUUCCUCACUGUCUCAGAAAGCCACGACCCGUUGCUCAGCUUGUUGCACAGCAAGUAAAUCAACAGUUUGCAUCUCCGACGCAUCCCAAAAAGGAGAAGAAAGAAAAAUCCGAGAAGGACAGAAGUGACAAAGAUACAACACUGAAAAAGAAAAACCAGAAAAGGAUGAGCAGGCCCAGGUUAAAGAACGUAGACAGGAGCAGCGCCCAGCAUCUGGAGGUCACGGUCGGAGACUUGACUGUAAUUAUCACAGACUUUAAGGAGAAAGUUAAAUCCACGUCUUCCUCAGUGAGCGCCGCCUCAGCAGACCAGCACAGCCAAAGUGGCUCAAGCUCCGACAACACCGAGCGAGGAGUCUCCAGGUGCUCCUCGCCCCGCGGGGAGACUUCGUCGAUUAACGGAGAGACUCACUAGCCCCCCCCUGCCCCCCACGCUCCCAGUCGGCAUAACACACUGAUGUGCACUCUCCACAGUCUCGGGUCAGAGAAUAAACUUCAACAUGCACAUUUUUCUUCAUAUAAAACCUUAAAUGUCAGUAUGAUAGCAUUCAGGUUGUACAUUUCUCUGCCUUCCCCAUGUUUUACCCUGUGUGAUCGGUUCCAGGCUCUCCUGCAGCUAUCAUGAUUAACUGAAAAUGGAGCAGUAGCAUUAAAACUCGGGCGUCUGCGUGUA